CGCGGCUCUGACCUGCCUUCCCCCUCCUCGCAGAUCCGCAUGUCAGACCACAAGGACCCCAGCGAUGGGGAUCCAGAUCCCCAGCACGGCAUUACUGUGGUCUUCCUCCUUGUCCUUGUCUUCUUCAUCAUGGGGCUGGUGGGGUUCCUGAUCUGCCACGUCCUGAAGAAGAAGGGUUAUCGGUGCCGGACUUUCCGGGAUGAGCUUGACCCAGACGACAAAGAAGGGGUGGAGGAGCUCGAGGAUGAUGAGGACAAGAACGAUGACACCGUGGAGAAGAUCGUGAGAUGCAUCAUCCAAAAUGAAGCAAAUGUGGAGGCCCUCAAGGAGAUGUUGGGGGAAAAUGAAGGGGACGUGCCAGUGCCAGUGCCCAGCCUGUGUCCCCACAGUAGCAGCCAGGAUGGGGGCCCACCACAUCACCACACGGUGCACCUGGGCUCCACACAGGCCCCCUGCAUCCACUGCAGCAGGAGGAAGAGGCACCCGCUGCAGCGCCAGGGCCGGUCCAAGGAGGGCAAAAGCAGGAUGCAUCCUGGAGAGACCACCGUCUUCUCAGUGGGCAGGUUCCGUGUCACACACAUUGGGAAGAGACCGCCGGUCCAUGAGCAUCAGGACGGCGCGCUGCCCGCCGGCAGCCGGCAGCCGAGCACGGAGGAGCUG